AUAUGAUUGAAAGUAAUUGACUUUUUGCCGAUUACGAUGAUUACCUGUCAUUGCGAACAUGUCCCCAAUGGGCCCAGCAAGACAACAAUCUGUUCGGCCGAAAAGACCUGCCAAACUGACUCUUAUUGUGUUUAUAUGACUACCUUUUCAUUGCAUCCUCAUUUCUUUUGCAGCCUUCACAGAGAUAUUGGCUGUGACAAUGAGAUGAACAAACCCCUUCAUACGAAGACCUUAAAGCACGGUGGAGUUAUCCAGCAAUGCUGCAAUACGUCAGAUUUAUGCAACAAAAAUCUUCUUCCUUACCCAAGUUACAGCGCUUCUUUAAUCAGUGAAGCAGAUGCCUCGUCAAAUAUCCCCGUGUUUGCAAUGGUUUCUGGGAUGCUGGGAUUGUUAGCUCUUGUAUGCUGUUUUGUGCUUAUCUUUUCAAAGAGAAAACGAAUUAAUAUUCUCAAAUCUUUCUUGGGUCCUCCGCUCACAGAAGGACACCCGGAAGCAGAUAUAUCAGUAUUCGCGACGCUUGUGUCUUCGGAUACAAAACGAGUGAAAGAGAAAAAUCAAGUGCGCGAACAGUCGACGUCAGGUAGUGUAGGAGAGAGUCACGACCCGUUGCUGUCCUCGUCAAGGCUACCGGAAACGUCUAAUUCAAAAAUUCCAGGAGUGUACCUCUCAUUACGUACAAUCUCUUCGGACGUGCAACUGGUCGACGUGAUUGGGACUGGCAGAUAUGGCCAGGUGUAUCUUGGCUACUUCUGUGGCAGCAAAGUGGCUGUGAAGAAACUUCCGGUUAGAGAGGAGAGUUCGUGGGCGAACGAGAGGGCUAUCUACUCACACUUGCGUCAUCAUGCCAUACUACAAUUCGUCGCAUCCGACCGAGUUGCCAAUCAGCUGGCGACUGAGCUGUGGCUGGUGGUGGACUAUCACCAGAAUGGAUCCCUGCUCGACUUCCUCUCAUCGUCGACCGCUUGUGGAUCCAAGGCAGGAGCGUUUCCAUCUGAGUUGGCUGCAUUACAGUGCAUGUCAAGCAUCGCAGCUGGCCUCGCCUAUCUCCAUCAGGACAUCAGAGGCACCCCACCCGACUACAAGCCCGCAAUCGCCCAUUGUGAUUUAAAGAGCCGAAAUAUCCUCGUCAAAGAAGAUCUCACUUGCUGCAUCGCUGAUUUCGGACUGGCAGUCACCCCAGAUAGCUUCGCUCCAAAUGCACCCGGCAUCGAGGCACGCAAGCGACGCUACAUCAUAGGAACACGCAGAUACACGUCUCCGGAUCUACUGCACCUGGAAAUGAGCAGCUGUGAUUGCUUGGGCUGCAAUCCGGCAAGAGAGGAUGCAUCCUCGCAACAUCAUGAGGAGUUUUGUUUGAGAGAUGAAAGGGGAAAUGGGAACAAAAAUGUAGUCUCUUUCGAGCAGUGUAGACAGGCAGAUGUGUACAGUGUGGCUCUAGUGUUCUGGGAGAUAUGCAGAAGGGUGAAGCCAUGGGGAUUGGAAACUGCAGAGCUCCCUUUUUUCGAACAUUUUCCGAAUGGAGAACCAUCUGUGAAGGAAAUACACGAGGUCGUAUACGAAAAACUAAUUCGACCGAAGUUCAAAGAGUCCUGCCCGAGUCACAUGUCAUCAAAUCCGAACGAAAACGAGCAGCUGGAGACUGGGAGUGGGGAUAUUUUCCUGAAAGUCCAACAGAUAGUGGACGAUUGCUGGAUUGGUAAUGCCUCGGCUAGGAUCCCAUCCUUACUUGUGAAGAAAAAAUUGGACAAACUUUGUGAAAAGCUGGUUUUGAUGCGCAAACAAUCCGAACGUGGGUAUCCAGAUAUGCGCGAAAAGCUGAUGGGGCAACGUUUUGUGACUGACAACCAGAAGACUGGUUUGCAAAAAUGUCCCGAUCGAGAUUUGAACUCAAACUUUGAGAUUGCAGCUGAUGUUCAGUUGUACAAGGAUCGUUUCGGAGGAGCGGAGUUGAAAGAAUCAUGUGCGUGAAAUGAAAACUGGUCCCCUCUGACUAUCGGCAUUGAUGCCGUGCACUGCUAAAUUUUCAAGUUUUACUGAACGUAAUAAGGACAUUUUUCUAGGAAAAGGUGUUUUUGAGUGCUUGAAAACCAGCCGGUAACAGUUCAGUAACGCUUUUCCAACUGUCUGUUGGCUAUAUUCUAUAUAUCGACAUGAUAAUGAGAAAAACUUUAUGUCAGGGUUUUUAUUAACCUUGAUGCUGUGCAUCGUUCUGCAGUUGUUGGAAUAACAAAACUGUAAAUACAACAUGAAAACUGAGUUGUUGCCAGACUUGAAAAAGAUCUGGUUUGACCCUGUGAAUGUUUAGUUUAUUAGAUAGAAUACCUCUUUCUAGUUCUGUAUUUAUAUUGCUGCGUUACAACUUUUUAGUUUGAUUUAUUGUUGGUAGUUAAUCAUAUUUACCCAAAGCUUCGCUUUUUCUGUUCCCACGUUUGUAAACUUUUUUUAGUUUCGAUUGAAUUCUAGUUUAAUCUGUCA